AUGCUGUACUCCGUACUCGUUACUCUGGACGCGUCGACUUCACAGUGCCAUGUUCUGGUGAUUGCUGGCUGCAGCUACUCCUCGAUGGCCAAUAACCGGGUCCCGAUCAACUACGAAGUCCCUUCUUUCCCGUCGCUGUACGAUCCCCUGCCGUCGCAUCACCAGCAAGCAUAUUACCUCUACUACACCAAGGAUAUAUGGCGGUUCACGCUAUUUUGGACCUUCGUGUUCUAUGCUGCGACACACCUCACGGUUGCGGGCUGCGCGGUCAUCACCCAGUGCCGUAAUUGGAAAGUGAUUUGGAUUGUACCGUUGGUGUAUACUUUUGUUGCAGGGCUUGAGGGACUGUUGGCUGGGAGUAUAGUUGGUCUUGUACUCGGCGCAGUGUACGAGGCAGGGAACUUCAGGAUGUCGACUUGGUUACCGAUGAUCUGGGGCGGUGUCAACGUGAUGCUUCUCAUUGUCACGAGCUUCCCCAUGCAAGGUGGUCUUUGA